UAUAUUUCUGCCUGCAAGGAGUUGUUCUCACGGAGGGGAGUAAUCCAAAGUGCUCUCCUCUCCCCUUGGAGUCUGGUUCGCUUCGUUUCCACCUCCUUUUGUGGCCGCAGCCCCAGGGAACCUGGUGCUUCUCAUGUUUCGAGGGAAACGGCCCCCGCUAUUGCGGACGGGAGCACUUCGAUCGCGGCUCCUGAACGAGGCACGAGGAAGACUGCGGGACCGGCUUCACGCUCGUCAUCCCAUUAGCGCAGCCGCACCCUCCUCCUCCGAAGUCCGUCUCUGUCGCAUUCCAGUACGUACUUUCCACCCACCUCCCCCCUCAUUCUAUUUCUUGCAUACAGUAUUUACGAGGCAUCUUCCGCUUCCAGCCUAACGAAAGGACCUUUCCGCCUAGUGAGAGCGAAACGGUAGGGCCAUCUACAGCGAUGCCUGCUCAGAACACCACUCGAUUCUUGGGGACGGGACGAUUAUUCCUGUAGUAGAAGAGCAAAAGUAGAAUAAGAGACGUGUGUGAAAAGCCGAGGGCUACUCGGCCUUCCAGGAGGAGUUGAAUUGCUAGCGCUCUAAAAGAAGGCGCUGGCCUCGGCGAUCCGAGAGGACAGUUGAAGGUCCUACGUGGAGCGAGAGACGCAGCGAACGAGUGAGUGUGGCGUGGGGCGACAGGGCGCUAUGGCGUGGAGGGCAGAUUUACUUGUAUCUUAUCCCCAAGUUUUAUGAAGCCUGGUUACCUGACUGGUGAAGAGCUGAAUGUGCAGAGGAGAAGUUUCAUACUACUACUUGGAUUGCUGCCAUCACUGUGACGUCCUGACCACCAGGCAUCAUGUACUGUCUCCAGUGGUUACUGCCGGUCCUCCUUAUUCCCAAACCCCUCAACCCAGCCUUGUGGUUCAGCCACUCAAUGUUUAUGGGCUUCUACCUACUGAGUUUUCUGUUGGAGCGGAAACCUUGCACGAUCUGUGCCUUGGUCUUCUUGGCCGCUUUGUUUCUCAUCUGCUACAGCUGCUGGGGGAAUUGUUUCUUGUACCACUGCUCUGGUUCCCAACUGCCGGACUCUGCUCAUGAUCCCAACGUAGUUGGCACCUAAAAUCUUCUACUUGGUUGCACUUUUUUUUUCCUUUUAAAAGGACAGUUUCACGGGAAGGAGGGAAUAUAAGGCAUGUGAUUGGAGUACAUGUUUCGGUUAAAAUGUUUCAUUCAUGAUUAUCUGCACUUCCACAACCUGCCUGUACAAUUUGACAAAAGUUGUUAAUAGUAGUAACUGGCAUUGAUGUCUGUUUGAGGGUUUGAAGCAGAGCUGUUCACGGGUGUCCAUCCCUUCCUUCUGUAUUAUUGUUUGAGUUUGGUCCUUCCAUUUCUGAUUUGGUGGUGAAGAGACCUGUUGAGUGUUGUCUGAUGUUAAAUCAGAAUGUAGCCAUCAAUCCUUUGGAACAUGUGUCUCUGAUCUUCUUGAAACAGUUGGAAAGCUGUUUCUCCAUCUUGAGCUCAGUAGGAAGCUAGUGCUUAUCACUGUGUUCAUCUGAAGGGGAACUUUCAAGUGUCUGAUAAGCCUGACAGCUCCUGGAGCCAGAGGCUGCUUAUUAUCUCAGCAGGCCAUACUGGGACGUGUGUACUGCCUGUUUUCCAAACUACUUAUCUAGGUCAUAGCUCAAAAAUCCCACAAUCAUCACGAUGCCAUUUUUACCACACAGAUGCCGAAGCUGUCUCACUCUCUCCUGCCCCUGCCAGACAUCUACUUUUUAUGGAGGACCCUGAAUUGGAAAGAAAGCAUGCUCUGCUGUAAAGUUUGAGGAGCCUUUUUUAUUGUGUUGCUUUUGAAUUUUAAGCUGCCAGUGUUUCUAGCUUGAAAAAGCAAUUGGAGUGCAGGGAUGGAUCACUAUACCAGGUCUGAUAUCUAGGCUGCUUCUCCAUAUUGAGUUGGGGCUGUCAGUUGAGUAAUGCUGCUUUUUUUUUUUAGGCCAAAAGUAUUAUGUUAUCACAAACAAAUUAGCCCAUGUUCACAUAUAUGGGUGGAAGAAAGUGACAUCUGUUUAGGUUACAUAUCUUCAUAGGAUUCUGGGGAGCCCUUUUUCUAGUAGUACCUGGCUCAUGGUUUUAUUCCACUCCCUUUUUCCCCACCAAGACUGCUUUCUUUCUUCCUUAGGAGCUAUUGCUUGUGUGAAAUAUAAGAUAGCCCUGAGGAGAAGGCAAACAGACACUUUUUCUGUUACUUUCCAAAGUUAUCUGUUAUCUUCCCAUUUGGCUCCACACAAUCUUCCUUGGAGGAGCAUUGCUGAAAAGGCAUUUUCUCUCUCUCAAAGGACAUGGAACUGAGAAUCCAAUCGUGAAACCUCAGUAGUUUUUUUUUUUAAUUUUUGUUUGUUCAUUGCACAGCUGUUCAACAGAUUUAAUAAAGCUUUAUAAACUUUG